GGUGUUCUGGACAGCUCCUGCCCGACGCUGGCGGCUCCGCGGGCCCAUGGCCAAAGAGACCUAGAGGGGCGGUCUUGCUGCGCGGUGAAGCUGAGCCCAGACCUACAUGUACAGAUAAUCUGAUCAAAAAAGUGUGGAAGUAAAGAAAUAUGAAAAAAAAUGAAGACCAUAAAACUUACUGACUGAAAAACACUGUAUUGUUCAUACCAAGAUUAAGAGUGUUUGGAGAAAGACUUUGUUCUGCUAAAUCAUGACAGAGGCAGAAGAACAGCAGCCAUGGAAGUCAACCUUUUACUCAGAAUUACCUAAAGUGGAACUUCAUGCCCACUUGAAUGGAUCCAUUAGUUCUAAUACCAUGAAGAAAUUAAUAGCCAAGAAGCCAGGUCUUAAAAUCCAUGGUGGAAUGACUGUAAUUGGCAACGAAAAUAAAAGAACUUUCGAUGAGUGUUUCCAUAUGUUUCCAGUUAUUCAUCAGCUUACUACUGGCCCUGAAGAUAUUCUAAUGGUCACAAAAGAUGUCAUUAAAGAAUUUGCAGAUGAUGGAGUCAAGUACCUGGAACUAAGGAGCACACCCAGAACAGAACAUGCCACAGGAAUGACUAAAAAGACUUAUAUAGAAUCUGUCCUUGAGGGCAUAAGACAAUCCAAAGAAGAAAACUUAGACAUUGAUGUUAGGUAUUUGAUAGCAAUUGACCGAAAAGGUGGCCCUUCAGUAGCCAAGGAGACUGUUAAACUUGCUGAAGAGUUUUUUCUUUCUACUGAGGAUAUAGUCCUUGGUGUUGAUCUCAGUGGUGACCCAAAUGCAGGAGAAGCAAAAGACUUCUUGGAACCUCUUUUGGAUGCUAAAAAAACAGGUCUGAAGUUGGCAUUGCAUCUUUCAGAGAUUCCAAACCAAACAAAAGAAACACAAAUACUCCUGGAUCUUCUUCCUGACAGAAUUGGGCAUGGGACAUUUCUGAACUCCUCUGAGGGAGGAUCCCUGGAUCUGGUCAACUUUGUGAGGCAACACCGGAUACCCCUGGAACUUUGUUUAACUUCAAACAUCAAAAGUCAGACAGUUCCAUCUUAUGACCGGCAUCAUUUUGGAUUCUGGUACAGUAUUGGCCAUCCUUCUGUGAUCUGUACGGAUGAUAAGGGUGUUUUUGCAACAAACCUUUCUCAAGAAUACCAGCUGGCAGCGGAAACGUUUCAUUUGACUCAGUCCCAGGUGUGGAAUCUGUCUUAUGAAUCCAUCAACUACAUCUUUGCUUCUGACUGUACCAGAUCUGAACUGAAGAAAAAGUGGAAUCAUCUGAAGCCCAAAGUGUUACAUUUUUAACCUCUAAUGAGGUGAACUACUUUCAAGUAUGUGUUGCAACCAAGGUCUUCCUGCCAUAUCCACUUUUUAAAUAAACUGUCUCUUGCUCUUUGAAGCUAGCAGGCAAGUACCAUGAUUCCUCACUCAUGACAGUGUCCAGCAUUUAUCUUGAGCUGAUUCACAGUCUGAGAUGUUGGGAUAGCUUACUACCUCCAAGCUUAUUGGAAGGGACUGAAAUGUUGCUGCAAAUUUAACUCUUCUUCCACCGGAGAGUUAGACUUAAUAGUUUAGAAAACCUGAUUUAGAAAACCCAGCUGAUUUAGAAAUGGCUUUUUUAGAAAAACCAGCCAUUUGCUCUUCAGGAAAAGUUUUAGAAUUACUAACCCAAAUAAAGGGAGGAGUGAGGGCAAAACAGAUUGCCACUAAAAUCUUCAAACUUUCCAGCUCCUGGUGACAAAAAUCUCUGUUAUUUUAUUGUGCUUCCUUAUUCAGACUCCCUUCAUGUAAGUAUUCCCCAAACAGUUAACCUCAGAAUAAAUUGGAUUUCUGUAAGUGCCAGGUUAUUUAAUCUACUUUGGGUCAUCCUGGUAAUGCUAGCUGCUGAGAUCUGGUAACUAGCCAGGAAUGAAAGCCCUAAGAAAAUAAUUCAUCAAAGGGUGAGAAGACAGAACCUGUUGCAGCUUCUAUCACUUUAGCUUUUUCUGUAUAGAAACUGCCAGGUUUUCCUCAUUCCAAAAAGUCCUCCUGAUAGUGGCCACACUUUGGUAAUGAGGGUUCUCUGGAUCUUUUGUAACUCCAACCAUAUACACUGUUGCUCAGGUGUCUGUAAAGUCAAAUAUGUACCAUAGCCACUUAAGCUGAAGACAAGAGACAAAGUUAAAGUCUAACUGGCAUAUAUUUUUUAAAGAUUUAUUUAUUUGUGCAUACA